UUCCAUGAAAUUGGAGUAUACGAUAUUCCAGCCAAUAUAGACUACAUAGUAAAUAAAACGAACCAGAAAGUUUUCGUUAUUGGACACUCGCAAGGUAACACGUGUUACUUUGUUAUGGCAACUGAAAGGCCUGAAUAUAACGAUAAAGUAAAAAUUUCCAGUGUUUAUGCACCUUCAGUUCUUCUGAAAUAUAUGGACUAUCCUUUCGCUGUUACAUUUUCGUAUGUAGUUGAACUGUUCCAGCUGAUUUAUGAUAUUUUGGGAAUGGGAGUUUUAUUUCCAGUGAACGAUUCUAUAGCACUGCUAACAAAAAUUUUGUGUUCAGAAACUACAUAUUUUUUACAAUUCUGCACACACCUUUUGUCUGUCAUAGGAAGUCAUGAAUCUCAACUUAUUACUAAGGAAGUUGCUUCCCUACUUUUCAGCGUACGACCCGUAAAUAUUGCUGCUAGACAAUUGUUCCAUUACAUGCAAAAUGUAAAAUCAGGUUAGUAUUU